UUCAUUUAUUAAAACGCCUCAAAGGCAGGCAGCGUCCUCUGCUGGCACAAACCAAUAACCACCGAAGAACUGAACAAGCGAGACCUUUUUACAGAUAAACUUUGCUUUGUUUACACACUCGAUAAAACAUGGCCGCCCUAGCAACCGCUCAAUGUGACGAUAGACUGUGCUCGGGGGAUGGAGAGUACAGUGUCCAGCAUGGCAGUAGAUCAUCUCCUGUCAGCAUCAACAGAGUGGAUCAGAGGCUGGAUAGACAAAAGGUUCUGCACUUUCUCCGAGAGGCCGAGAAAAACAGACGGCAGAUUGAAAAGUUGGAGAAAGAGAGGACGCUGAGCGCUCAGUGCAGGAAGAAUGGCUGGACGGAUGUGUACGAAGACCUGGAGGAGUAUGAAAAAAUGUUAGAGACUGAAAGAAGCAUAGAGAAGGUGAACCUUCAAAAGCAGCUGGGGAAGAUUCAUAAUGGUGUGAGAAAAUUUCAGAGGCAGCUGACCGAUGUAAAACCAACUCCUAAGUUGAUUGAAAGACUGAAGGAGAUCAUGUCUGAGGUGGAAAUCUCAAUUACCACCUUAAAGGAAGAGCGGCGGACAUGCUUUGAGACCUAUUUGAAGGAGGAGAAGACCUGCGGGCAGGAGGUCAGUGCCUAUGAGAAGAAGAUUGAAAACUGGAGCGUUGUUGUCAAGCCUAAUCCUAAACUCCCCACAGGUUCCGCUCACAAGACCAAGUCACAUGAUGGAGACAUUCCUGCAGAGGUCAGAGCCCUGGAGGUUUUCCUACAGAAGACAGGAGGUUCUACUGGAGGCUGGGACCCCUAUGACCAUCAGGCUUUCCUGAGAGUUUGGACAAAGCACGGUGGACAGCCAGCCUUCAGAAAAGAAGCCAAGCUGUAUCUGCCAGGUAAAACUUUGGAGGACAUCGAGCAGCACCAGCAGUGGCAUCAGGAGCUGCUGGACCUACAGGACAAAAAGAGAGAGGUGAGGAGCCGUGCUGAAACCGAUCAAGCUAUUGUGCGUUGGAAAGCAAGCAAACAAAAAGAACGUCAGAACAAGAUACAAAGUCAGAUGGAGAUAGAAGAGGCUCAUAGGAGGGAGAGGGAGGCUAAGAGCCAUGACAAACUGCACAGGACUAAUAAGGAGAGGAAGCAGGCAGCACAGCAGCUGGAGGAUUGGAGGGAAGAGAAGAGAAGAAAGGAGGAACAGGAGGAAGAACAGAGACUGACUGAGGAGAUACAAAAGAGGAGACGAGAGAAGGAAGAGCGUCGCCGCCAGCUAGAAGUGAAGCUGGUUUUAGAAGAGCAGCUACGUCUGAGGAGAGAGGAAGAGGAGGAGGAAGAGAGGAGGAGGAGAGAGGAGGAUCAGAAGCAAACGGAGGAGAGGCAAAGGGAGGCAGCAAAGAUCAUAAAACACCUCCAUGAAAGGGAUCUUCACAAGGUGGAGGCAAAGUUUCAUGAAAGGCAGUUAAAGGAAAAAGAGGAAGAAGAGAGACAGAAGAGAAUAGCUGCCAAAAUGAAGGAGAAGGUGGACGGUAACGUAAACAGAGACCCGUCCAGACUCAUCCGCCCCACCAAAGGAUGGGAGGAGCGGAUGAAACACAUAGGCCCGUCUGGACAAGGACCCAUGCUGCAGAUGUUUCGCAGAGCUGUUCCAACUUGGAGACAAGGACUGUGAUGAAACCACAAAUCCUGCAAUGUGUUGACAAUGCUUGCUGUAUUUGAACUAGAUUAAAUGGUUUGUUUUUGAGGUUCUAUAAUUUCUUUGAAUAGUUUUAAAUAAAAGCAA